AAUUCUAGCGAGUUGAAAUCGCUACCUUUUUUCGUAUAUCGAACAAAUACCUUUAUUGGAAAUUUCAUUGUCUGUGGAUGAUUAUUGAAGACGAUUUUCCAUAGUUAUACUCAGCUUAAUUUUUGUUGUUACCACUGGCAUCAGCAUACGUAUUUCAAGUAUAUAACACUAUUACUUCAUAAGGAACCCUUUAUUCUGUUAUUAUUCCUAUAAGAAAAUUUGUAAACAAAUCUAGUCUUUCAGCCUUCACAACGAGGAUCUGUCUGUUACUUUCUAAUACUACAAGUUUUUUUGUUCUUUGACAGGUUCAAGGAUGUCAAGUAAUAUACUAGACGAAAUAAAAGCAAGCACAAAGGAGCUAGUAGAUAAGUGCGAUUGGAUAUCCAUCUCACAAUCAUCUUUGCCUUCCUUGAUUGAUGCACUACAGAAUACCUUACAGGAUCCCCGUCCAUCAAAGUUUCCCUUAAAUUUCAAAAGUAUAGAGGAUGAGGUUAACUUUGUUGCUCUCUAUGGUCUCGUAAGUUUUGGAUCUGGCUUUCGAAACCAGCUUCACGAAGCAAUUGGACGUGGUGCCCAGGAAACUUCGCUGUUUUUAAUGCUUUCCAUAUAUAUCUCUAACGAAACCGGAAUACCAGAUGCCAAUUACUUAACCAAUAUAAAAGAGCACGAUGUUCAGUCUUGGAUGAAUGUUCCUGCUAUUGAAGAAAAACCAGUACAAUCACUUCCAGGUGUCUUUGCAGUGUCUUCUAGCCACUUGAUGGAAUUAGUGAAAAAAAUGACAUUCGUCUUUAACUCUACCGGUGAAAUACUGAAAAAGGAGAAUUUCUCUUCUAUGGGAGAAUUCUGCCUUCGAUAUGGCAAUACAAAGGAUCCCUCUAUACUUGUCAAUGCUCUGGUUAGCACAUUUCCAGCAUUUCAUGAUGUCGAACAAGUUUUUGGCGUAGAAGUAUAUUUACUAAAGAAGGCUCAAUUAACCGCCUACCAGCUUUCUCUUUUGUUUCCAGAUAGGUUUGGCUCCGGAGGGUUGUGCAUUUUCGCUGACAAUGUUAUACCGACCAUUUUAUGUCUCUAUGGGGUCAUAGAAAUCUCUAAAGAAUUAAGAAAAAAAUUAGAGAAUAAAGUUCUUCUAGAAAAGGAAGAAAUCACGGUUCUUCGAGCGUCUUCUGUCGUUGUCUGCGAGUUAAUUUCCGAAGCAACAAAAAUUCCAUCACCUCAGUUAGACCAAGCUCUCUGGAAGCUAGGCAAAUCCACUCCAGAGCUACGAAAUUCUCCACGUUUCUUGUACCAAGACACUGUUAUGUUUUAAAAGUGAAAUGUUCUUUCCUCAUUACGAUACAUUAGUAUCAAACCUUCCAAGUUUUAAA